UCAACUGCAGAUUAUGCAGAAGUACCCACUCGCCUAAAAUUGGGAUAGUAAUGUUUGUUUUUACGUUGCAGAUGUAAUUUAGUGCUUUGAUGUCCACAUUCGGUCUUACAGUCUAAGCGACCUCUUUAACCCGGAAUCCGAAAACAAUCUGUUCACUUGAGCCACAAAACAAGAAGUGAGAGAUGCCUCACGGCUCGGAUGACGCCCGCAAGCAGUUCGUCCUCACCACGACAGGGAACUACUUCGGCCUAAAGCCGUCUGCAUCCCUGGUUGGGUCUGAGGAACUCAACAACUUCUUAGAUGAUGGGAACGAAUUCGUGCUUGCUGUCAACAAACACGAGAAUGACCUGUGCCUGUCAAACAAGAUUGAGGCUGGGUACAGCAGAGAGAAGGUGCUAGUGUUCUUCAAGCUGCGUCCCACAGUGAUAACAGAGGAGAACCUGCACCAGAAUGUCCUGGUGUCCUCCAUGCUAGAGUCUCCUAUCAGUACCCUCUACCAGGCCGUGCGACAGGUGUUCGCCCCUAUGCUACUCAAGGAUGAGCGGUGGAGCUCAGCAUUUGACCCUAAGCUUGCGGGCCUGCUAAGUGAGCUGGAGCAGGGGCUAGGCUCUGUGGUCCGCAGGGCUGGAACAGAAGACUCUGGCAAGAGGAGCCACGGGGAAGAUGACAUCCUGGGUAUCCUGACCCCGGUGGAUGAAUUCCAGUACUGGGCUGAUCUCUCUGAGUCUGGGGACAGGAGCACUGUGAGAGAGAGGGCUGCACACUUCUCUGAGCUCUUCAAGCCCAUAGAGAAGGACUACAGUGGUCUGGAUGGUGUCUGUCUGGCUGAUGCUGUGGAGCUGGUGGAGGUGAGCAGAGACACACUGGAUGACGUGUGGAGGCAGAAUGACCAUGAUCCUUUUCCUGAGACACGCAUGCUCAGACUCAUGGAUGUCAUCGGUGGUGCGCUGGGCAGGUACGUGCAGAAGAAACUGAGUGGUGUGAAACUCUUUUUGGACCCAUUCCUGUCUGUGAGGGAGGGCCUGAGAGUCGGCCUGGUCAUCUGUGAGCAGUGGGUGUCGGCCUGUGAGCACCUGAGUGGACAGGUGUGGAAGAGAUACGCCCCUUACCCCUGGAAGGGAGACAAGCAUCGCCCCCAGGCCCUGCACAGCCUGGCUCAGAGACUGGAUGAGGUGGUGACGAUCCGUACGGUCCAUGAGAAGCUGCUUCGUCUGCUGCCUGGAGGAAAACAGCAGGCCUUGGCCUCGGCUCUCGUCUUUGAACCCUUCUCUGGCCUCAACCCAUUACAUUACAACCCCUAUACUGAGCCUCUGUGGAGGGCGGCAGUAGCCCAGUUUGAGCGAGCCAUCGGCCCAGCAGAGCAGGAGGUGGCAGGCAGACUGAAGGCCUACAUCGCAGAUGUACAGGACAACCCACAGCAGCUGCUGCAGGUGUUUCAGAAGCACAAGGAGCUGAUCAGACGACCCAACGUCAGCAAGGAGCUGCAGUCAGAGAGAGAGACUCUGCUGGCCAGACUGCUGGAAUACAUCAAGGUGCUGCGGACAGACUUUGAGGGUCGUUGCCAUGGCGCCCCAGGAGAAAAGUCCGGCCCCCUGGCUGGCCGGAAUCUCCCUGAGGUCGUCAACAACAUUGUAUGGGUCCGCCAGCUUCUCCAUAAGGUGGAGGACUCCAUCAAGAUAGCGCAGGCUCUGCUGUCAGACCUGUCAGGGUUCCGCUCGUUCCUGCGGUUCUGUGACGACCUGCUGGAGGUUCUACGGGCCUACGAACAGGAACAGUUUGAUGACUGGUCCAGAGACAUCCUCUCUGGCCUCUCUGACCCCAAGUCUGGCAUCAGUCUUCAGGCCAGUAACCGUGUGAUGGAGCUGGACCAUAUAGAUGGGAAGCUGAAGAUCCAGUACUCUGACCGUCUGGUGACUCUGCUGAGGGAGGUCAGACAGCUGUCAGCCCUUGGCUUCCCCAUCCCAGCCAAGAUCCAGCAGGCUGCCAACACCGCAGACAAGUUCUACAGACAGGCCAUCAUCCUCAAACAGGUGGCCCAUUUCUACAACACCAUCGACCAGCAGAUGAUCUCCUCUCAGAGGCCCAUGAUGCUCAGCUAUGCCCUGGCCUUUGAGCAGGUCAUCAAGCAGAGUCCACGGUCCCAAUCCCGGGAGUCUGGCGGGAAGCUGCAGAUCACCUGGGAUAAUCCCAAAGAGCUGGAGGUGUACAUUGGAAAACUCCAGUCUGCCGCAGAGAGACUCUCUACUGAGAACCGGAAACUGAGGAAGUGGCACACAGACUUCACUGAGAAGGUGGUGGCCCUGAUGACUGUGGACCUGCUGAGGCACCAGCAGCGCUGGAAGGACGGCUUACAGGAGCUACGCACCGGGUUCGCCACACUGGAGGCACAGGGGUUCAGGUCAGGGGAGAUGAAGGCCUGGAGACAGCACUGGAACCACCAGCUGUACAAGGCUCUGGAACAUCAGUACCAGACUGGACUGGAGGCUCUCAACAAGAACCUGCCUGAGAUACACAUAGACCUCACUUUCAAGCAGGGUCGUCUUCAGUUCCGUCCUCCGUUUGAGGAGGUGAGGGCCAAGUACUUCAGAGAGAUGAAGCGGUUCAUCUCUGUCCCGAACCAGUUCAAAGGAGUCAGCGCCCAGGGGGAGGAGCUCAUCUUCAGCGUCAUGAUUGACAGGAACGCAUCAGGCUUCCUCACCAUCUUCAGCAAAGCAGAGGACCUCUUCAGCCGGCUGCUGGGCGUGCAGGACACGUUUAAGGAGUGGGUGGUGCUGGGCCAGGUUGACAUGGACGUGUUGGUGGAGAAGCAGCUAUCGUCUGUCCAGGACUGGGAGAGGAACUUCAAGGCCUUGAAGGCCAGAGGGAAGGAGUCAGAACGCCUGCCCAGUCUGGAGAAGGUUGACUGUAUCUCAGUGAACUGUGAGCCAGUAAAGGCAGUGAUUGAUGACCUCAUCCAGAGACUGUUUGACACCCUGCUGAUGUCCCUCAGAAAGUCCAUACAAGGCCAUACCCUAGACAUAGACAGUUUUGUGACUGAGGCCAUGGAGACGUUGUCCUCUCGUCCAGAGAGUAUUGAUGAGAUAGGAGAGGCCAAUGCCAGACACAGCCAGAUACAGGCCCGCAAACCAGACAUCCUGCUCCAGUUCCAGGCGGCGCAGGAGAAGAACCGUCUGCUGAGGGCCGUAGCAGGAGGCGGUCUGGAUUCUCUGUCCUCCCUCAGGGCCAAGUGGGACAAACUAGAGCUGAUGAUGGAGAGCCACCAGCUGAUGAUCAAAGACCAGGUCGAGGUGAUGCGUAGUAAUGCUGAGAGUCGUGUCCAGGCCUACAGGCUGGAGCUGGACAGGUUCAGGGCUCGCUGGGACCAGCUGAAGCCCAGAGACGAGGUCAUAGAGACAGGAGACCAGGCAGCCCUGCUUGCCUCUGUCCAAACCAUCAGAGACAAGAGACAGGAGUUCCAAGAGCUGGAGGUCACACGCACACGCCUGCUUGAGGACUGUCGUCACUUUGAGCUGGAGGCUCCAAACUUCUCCCUGGCGGAGGAGACCAUCAGAGACAUGGAGGAGUACGGACAGAUGUGGUCUCUGUAUGAGGACUGGCAGGAGGGCUUCCAGGAGAAGGCCAAGGAGGACUGGAUCACAUUCAGGAGUAAGACCUACGUGUUUGAGGAGUUCCUGUUUGCGUGGCAGGACAGACUGAGGAAGCUUGAGCAGCACACCAGCAUGUCUGUCAAACUACAGAGAGAAGUUGACAAGUACAAGAGUCUGGUUCCGGUGUUAAAGUACGUGCGAGGGGAGCACCUAUCCCAGGACCACUGGUUGGAUCUGUUCAGACUGUUGGGUCUUCCUAAAGGCACCACCCUGGAGAGACUGACCUUCUGGGAUCUCCUCAGUGUGUCUGACACCAUCACUGACCGAGCCCUGGAGCUCAAGGACCUGAACAGCAGGGCCCAGGCGGAGGUGACCAUCAGAGAGGCUCUCAGGGAGCUGGACCUGUGGGGGGCUGGAGCUGCCUUCACCCUCACGGAGUAUACAGACAGCACCGGACACACACUCACACUCAUCAAGGACUGGAAGGACAUGGUCAACCAGGUUGGUGAUAACCGCUGCCUGCUGCAGUCUCUGAAGGACUCUCCAUACUACCGCGGCUUCCAGGACAAGGUCAGUCUGUGGGAGGUGCGUCUGUCUGAUCUAGAUGAGUACCUGGUCAGUCUGAAUGCCAUCCAGAGGCGUUGGGUCUACCUGGAGCCCAUCUUCGGACGGGGGGCUCUGCCCAGGGAACAAGCCCGUUUCAAACGGGUCGACGAGGACUUCAGGUCCAUUUUGGCUGAUGUCCAGAGAGACAACAGGGUGACGUCUCUGAGCUCUCGGGCUGGCAUCAGAAACUCCCUCAUCACCAUCUUAGACCAGCUCCAGCGUUGCCAGAAAUCACUCAACGAGUUCCUAGAGGAGAAGCGUUCUGCCUUCCCGCGGUUCUACUUCAUUGGAGAUGAUGACCUGCUGGAGAUUCUGGGCCAGGCCACCAACCCCACUGUGAUACAGUCACACCUCAAGAAGCUGUUUGCUGGCAUCGACAGUGUGGACUUUGACGGGGACUGCCAGCACAUCGUGGCCAUGCGUUCUCUAGAGGGAGAGGUGGUGGCCCUCAGGAACCUCAUACGUAUCUCCAACAGCGUAGAGGUGUGGCUGGGUGAGCUGUCUGCUGAGAUGAAGGAGACUCUGAAGCAGCUGCUGUAUGAGUGUGUGUCAGCGGGGAGGAAAGGACAGGUGGACCCGUCCCGCUACCCCUCUCAGAUCCUGUGCUUGGCAGAGCAGAUCCAGUUCACUGAGGAGGUGGAGAGUGGUCUGAGAAACAGCAGUCUGCAGCAGCUGGAGGUGGAGCUCACCGCUAAGCUGGAGCACUACACCAGCGUAGACACCAGCUCUGAGGAGACGGGAAACACAGAGUCAAGUGUGUUGCAGCUGAAGCUGAAGGCUCUGAUCCUGGACAUCAUCCAUAACAUCAGUGUGGUGAAGCAGCUGUGUGAGGCGGGAGUGAGCAGCCCUGACUCCUGGGCCUGGAGGAAACAGCUCCGUUUCUACCUCAACAACGACAAAUGCUGCUCCAUACAGAUGGUUGACGCUCUCUUCAGCUACACAUACGAGUACCAGGGUAAUGCGUCUAAGCUGGUCCACACCCCCCUGACUGAUAAGUGUUAUCUGACCCUGACCCAGGCCAUGAUGAUGGGUUUGGGGGGAAACCCCUACGGCCCUGCCGGCACCGGCAAGACUGAGUCAGUCAAAGCACUGGGGGGCCUGUUCGGAAGACAAGUACUGGUCUUCAACUGUGAUGAGGGUAUAGAUGUGAAGUCUAUGGGGCGUAUCUUUGUGGGGCUGGUGAAGUGUGGAGCGUGGGGCUGCUUUGAUGAGUUCAACCGCCUGGAGGAGGCUGUGCUGUCUGCAGUGUCCAUGCAGAUACAGGCCAUCCAGAACUCACUGAAGAACCACAGGACCAGCUGUGAGCUGCUGGGCAAGGAGGUGGAGUUGGACCCUAACUCGGGGGUGUUUAUAACAUUGAAUCCAGCUGGGAAGGGUUAUGGAGGGAGACAGAAGCUGCCUGACAACCUGAAGCAGCUGUUCAGGCCCGUGGCCAUGUCCCGACCAGACAACGAGCUCAUCGCUGAGGUCAUCCUCUACUCAGAGGGCUUCAAAGACGGAGAGAUACUGGGACGCAAGCUGGUCGCCAUCUUCAACCUCGCCAGGGAGCUGUUGACCCCCCAGCAACACUAUGACUGGGGUCUGAGGGCUCUGAAGACGGUGCUGAGAGGCUGUGGCAGACUGCUGCAGCAGCAGAGGAGGAGUGAGGCCAAGAACAAGAUCAAGGAGAGUGUUCUGGUGGUGCAGGCACUGAGGUUGAACACCAUGUCAAAGCUGACAUUUGCAGACAGCAGCAGGUUUGAUGCCUUGGUCCAAGAUGUGUUCCCUGGGGUGGGUUUUACUGACGUGGAGGACCAGACCCUCAGCCACGCACUGCAGGCCGUCUACGAGGAGGCACACCUCGAACUCAUACCCAGCCAGAUGAAGAAGGCUCUGGAGCUGUGUGAGCAGUUGAGACAGCGUAUGGGAGUGGUGAUCGUAGGUCCCAGCGGGGCAGGUAAAUCUACUCUGUGGAGGAUGCUGCGUGCCGCCCUGGGCAGGACAGGCAGGGUGGUGAAGCAGUAUACAGUGAACCCCAAAGCCAUGCCCCGCCAGCAGCUGCUGGGUCACAUAGACAUGGACACUAGGGAGUGGACUGACGGGGUGCUCACAAACAGCGCCAGACAGGUGGUCAGAGAACCACAGGAGGUGAGCUCGUGGAUCAUCUGUGACGGGGACAUAGACCCAGAGUGGAUCGAGUCGUUGAACUCGGUGUUGGAUGACAACCGUCUGCUGACCAUGCCCAGUGGAGAGAGGAUCCAGUUUGGACCCAACGUCAACUUUGUCUUUGAGACCAACGACCUCAGCUGUGCCUCACCAGCCACAAUCUCACGCAUGGGCAUGAUUUUCCUCAGUGAUGAGGACACAGAUGUGAGUGCGUUGGUCAAGUCGUGGCUGAAGGGUCAGCCUGAUGAGUGUCGCAGUAACCUGGAGAACUGGAUGGGAGACUACUUCCACAGAGGCCUUGACUGGGUGCUUAAACAGAAUGACUUGGUGGUGGAGACCAGUCUGGUAGGAACGGUGUUGAACGGUCUGUCCCACCUGAGUGGAGUGACAGAGCGUGGUCAGUUUGUGGUUAGUCUCAUCAGAGGGCUGGGCGGGAACCUCAACCUCAAAUCAAGACAGGACUUCGCCAAGGAGGUGCUGGUCUGGGCUAGAGAGAGCCCUCCUGACCCGAGGAAGCCCCUGGACACCUACUAUGACCCUGAGUCUGGCCGGCUGUGUGUGUACACUCUGGAACGUUCUGACGGCCUCAGCCUGGAAGAGCUCACACACACUCACACACUCCCGGUCAUCCAGACCCCUGACAUGCAGAGAGGACUGCACUGCUUCUCCCACUGGCUCUCCUCCCAGCACAGACAACCCUUCAUACUGGUGGGGCCUGAGGGCUGUGGCAAAGGUAUGCUGCUGCGCUAUGCGUUCUCUCGGCUACGUUCCACCCAGGUAGCGGUGGUCCACUGUAGCGCCCAGACCUCGUCUCGUCACGUCCUCCAGAAGCUCAGUCAGACCUGCCUGCUGCUCAGUUCCAACACGGGACGGGCCUACAGACCCAAACACUGUGAGAACCUGGUCCUCUACCUCAAAGACAUCAACCUGCCCAAGCCUGACAAGUGGGGCACCAGCAACCUCAUAGCCUUCUUACAGCAGGUGCUGACGUACCAUGGGUUCUAUGAUGAGAACCUGGAUUGGGUGGGUCUGGAGAACGUCCAGGUGGUGGCCUCCAUGUCAGCAGGAGGCGCUGUGGGACGACACACACUCACCUCCCGCUUCACCUCCAUUGUGCGCAUCUGCACCAUAGAUUAUCCAGACAGGGAGCAGCUCCAGACCAUCUACUCAGCGUACCUGCAGCCUGUUCUCCAGAGGAGCCUUGGGAGCCAGGCAGCCUGGGCCAGCACUGGGAAAACACACCAGCUAGCAGGGUCUCUGGUACAGGUCUAUGAACAGGUGAAGGCGAAGUUCACGGUGGAUGACCACAGUCACUACCUGUUCACUCCGUGUGUCCUCACCCAGUGGGUGCUCAGCCUGCUGCGAUACGACCUGUCCGCAGGUGAGUCAACCACAACAGCACGGUCAAACCACCCGUUAGAACAGAUGUUGGAGGUGGUAGCCUAUGAGGCCAAGAGGCUGUUCAGAGACAGACUGGUCUCCUCUAAAGACAUCCAUUCCUUUGACAACAUCCUCUCCUCUGUCAUACGAGGUGACUGGGGCUCCGACGCACUCGACAACAUGACAGAUGGUUUCUAUGUGACGUGGGGUGCGUCUGAGGGAGGGGGAGUGAUGGCCCCUGGUCAGUCCCUGCCCCCCCACGGUAAAUCUCUGGGACGCCUCGACUUUGCCGACCUACGCCAGGUCAUACACAAGGGAGCGGUCCUGUAUGGUCGUGACAACAGGGAGUUGGAUCUGCUGUUGUUCUGGGAGGUGUGUCACUUUGUGUCUCGUGUGGACCGUGUCCUGAGUCGACCGGGUGGCUCUCUGCUCCUGGCCGGACGCAGCGGGGUGGGCCGACGCACCGCCACAUGCCUGGUCUCACACAUGCAUGGAUACACACUCUACACACCCAAGAUCUCCCGCGGAUACUCACUCAAACACUUCAACAAUGACCUGAAGAACGUGAUGCAGCUGGCAGGUCUGGAGGGCCAACAGGUGGUGCUGUUGCUGGAGGAUUAUCAGUUUGUCCACCCAGCCUUCCUGGAGAUGGUCAACAGCCUGCUGUCCUCUGGUGAGGUUCCAGGCCUGUACUCCCCAGAGGAGCUGGAGCCCCUCCUCUCCUCUCUCAAAGAUCCUGCAUCCCAGGACGGAUUCACCGGACCCCUCUUCAACUACUUUGCCUACCGAAUCCAGCAGAACCUACACAUAGUGUUGAUCAUGGACUGCACCAACUCUAACUUCACCAUUAGCUGUGAGAGCAACCCGGCUCUCUACCGCAGGUGUUCCGUCCAGUGGAUGGACGGAUGGUCUGAGAGCAGCAUGAAGAAGAUCCCUGAGAUGCUGCUGGCUAAGGUGGAGGGGGAGAAGAGUGGAGGAGAGAAAGGCCACAAGAGAAAAGGCUCAGCGUCGGGUCAGGAUGAUCUGUGUCGCUCCUUCCUGAUGAUCCAUGAGUCUUGUAGAGAAUAUGGAGCCACACCCAGCCAGUACAUGGCCUUCCUCCACGUCUACACCUCCAUUUACAGCAGCAAACAGAGCCAGCUCACUCUCAGACAGCAACAUCUACAGGCGGGCGUGUCUAAGCUGAACGAAGCGAAGGCAUUGGUGGAUGAGCUGAAGAGGCGGGCCGCUGAGCAGAGCACUCUGCUGAGGACCAAACAGCAGGAGGCAGACUCAGCCUUGCAGGAGAUCACCACCUCUAUGCAGAAUGCCAGUGACCAGAAGACUGAGAUGGAGAAAAUCAAAGGGAAGAUUGCUCAGGAGGUGUCUAAGUGUGAAGAGAGGAAGGGGAAAAUAGACGACGAGCUGAGAGAAGUACAGCCCCUGGUGGAUGAGGCUAAGCGAGCUGUGGGGAACAUCAAGCCAGAGUCUCUUUCAGAGAUCCGCUCCCUGAGGAUGCCUCCUGACGUUAUCAGAGACAUCCUGGAGGGGGUGCUGCGACUCAUGGGCAUAUUCGACACCUCCUGGGUCAGCAUGAAGAGUUUCCUGGCUAAGAGGGGGGUGAGAGAGGACAUAGCCACAUUUGAGGCGAGGAACAUCAGUCACGAGAUCCGUCAGAGUGUGGAGGAGCUACUGACCAGAAACAAGGCCUCCUUCGACCCCAAGAAUGCUAAGCGUGCAAGUGCUGCGGCUGCUCCACUGGCAGCCUGGCUGAAGGCCAACGUACAGUACUCACACGUCCUGGAGAGGAUACAGCCACUGGAGAGAGAACAGGCUGGACUACUGGAGAACUUGAGGAAGACAGAGAGUCGGAAGACUAAACUGGAGGAGCAGCUCAACUCUGUGGGGCAGAAAGUCAACGAGCUGAAAGAAAAGUUCCAGUCUCGUACUACAGAGGCAGCUAAGCUGGAGGCUGAGGUCAGUAAGGCCCAGGAGACCAUCCAGGCAGCAGAGCAACUCAUACACCAACUGGACGGAGAACACACACGCUGGAAUGCCCAGGUGGAUGAGAUCACUGAGGAGUUGGAUACGUUGCCUAAGAGAGCGAUGCUGGCAGCAGCCUUCAUCACAUACCUGUCUGCUGCUCCAGAGGACAGGAGACGAAACAGCCUGGAGACAUGGAUGAAGGCUUCUGGACUACAGAAGUUUGACCUGCGGCACUUCCUGUGCUCUGAGAGUGAGCAGCUGAUCUGGAAAAGUGAAGGCCUACCCUCAGAUGACCUGUCUAUGGAGAACGCCCUGGUUAUACUACAGAUCAGUGCGAUCAAAUCACGGAGUGUUGCUUGUCCGUUCCUCAUCGACCCCUCCUCUCGGGCUACAGAGUGGCUCCAUACUCACCUGAAGCAGCAUCGCCUCGAGGUCAUCAACCAGCAGGACCCUAACUUCAUCACGUCUCUGGAGUUGGCUGUGCGUUUUGGGAAAACGCUGAUCAUCCAGGAGAUGGAUGGAGUGGAGCCGGUACUCUAUCCACUACUGAGGAGAGACCUGAUAGCACAGGGUCCGCGGUACGUGGUUCAGAUAGGUGAUAAGGUGAUAGAUUAUAACGAGGAGUUUCGUCUGUUCCUGGCCACGCGUAACCCCUCCCCCUUCAUCCCCCCCGACGCUGCCUCUGUCGUCACUGAGGUCAACUUCACCACCACCAGAGCUGGCCUGCGGGGACAGCUCCUAGCUCUGACCAUCCAGCAGGAGAAGCCAGAGUUAGAGACCCAGAAGACCCGUCUGUUACAGCAGGAGGAGGACAAGAAGAUCCAGCUAGCCACGCUGGAAGAGUCUCUGUUAGAGUACCAUGACUACACCCAGUCCCUCCUGAUCCCAUUAUCCCACCAUGACUACACCCAGUCCCUCCUGAUCCCAUUAUCCCACCAUGACUACACCCAGUCCAUCCUGAUCCCAUUAUCCCACCAUGACUAUACCCAGUCCCUCCUGAUCCCAUUAUCCCACCAUGACUACACCCAGUCCUCUGAUCCAUAUCCCACCAUGACUACACCAGUUCACCUGAUCCAUUAUCCCACCAUGACUACACCCAGUCCAUCCUGA